UUCCUGGUUCCUUUGACUGCUCUCCAGCAGCGGCGGCGGCGGCGGCGGCGAAGAGCCGAGGAGCGUUUUGGGUCGCUGGAAGCCGAAGCGGCCAUGGCCGAGCGCCGCGCCUUUGCUCAGAAGAUCAGCAGAACUGUGGCAGCUGAAGUACGGAAACAGAUUUCAGGGCAAUAUGGAGGAUCCCCACAACUUCUCAAGAACCUUAAUAUUGGGGGCACAAUUUCUCACCAUACAAGUGUACCUCUUACUGAGCCUGUGGAUCCAGUGGAUUUGGAAGAUUACCUUCUUACACAUCCACUUGCAGUGGAUUCCGGCCCUAUGAGAGACUUGUUUGAAUUUCCUUCUGAUGAUAUUGAAGUCAUCUACAGCCCUCGAGAAUGCAGAACAUUGGUGUCAGCUGUACCAGAGGAAAGUGAAAUGGACCCACACGUGAGAGACUGUGUAAGAAGUUAUACAGAAGACUGGGCUAUUGUGAAUAGAAAGUAUCACAAACUGGGGACAGGAUUCAAUCCCAACACCUUGGACAAGCAAAAAGAAAGGCAAAAGGGCUUGCCCAAACAGAUGUUUGAGUCUGAUGAAGCUCCAGAUGGCAACAGUUACCAGGAUGAACAAGAUGAUCUGAAAAGACGGUCCAUGUCAAUAGAUGAUACUCCACGAGGUAGCUGGGCCUGCAGUAUUUUUGACUUGAAAAAUUCCCUUCCCGAUGCUUUGCUCUCUAAUCUUCUGGAUCGGACCCCAAAUGAAGAAAUUGAUCACCAAAAUGAUGAACAAAGGAAAUCCAACAGACACAAGGAGCUCUUUGCCUUGCAUCCAGCACCUGACGAGGAGGAGCCCAUAGAAAGGCUUGGCAUUCCAGAAAUCCCCAAAGAGCACUUUGGUCAAAGGCUUCUUGUCAAGUGUUUGUCUCUAAAAUUUGAAAUUGAAAUAGAGCCCAUUUUUGCAAGUUUGGCAUUAUACGAUGUUAAAGAAAAGAAGAAGAUUUCAGAGAACUUUUUCUUUGAUUUAAACUCCGAACAAAUGAAAAGCAUGCUGCGACCUCAUGUUCCCCCUGCGGCCAUAACCACUUUGGCUCGUUCAGCCAUCUUUUCUAUUACAUACCCUUCCCAAGAUGUCUUUCUGGUAAUAAAGUUGGAAAAGGUACUACAACAAGGAGAUAUUGGGGAAUGUGCUGAGCCAUAUAUGAUUAUGAAAGAAGCAGAUGCUGCAAAGAACAAGGAAAAACUAGACAAACUGAAAAGCCAAUCAGAACAAUUUUGCCAAAGACUUGGCAAAUAUCGCAUGCCUUUUGCGUGGACUGCUAUUCAUUUAAUGAAUAUAGUCAGUAGUGCUGGAAGUUUGGAAAGAGAUUCUGCAGAAGUAGAAAUUGCCACUGGAGAACGCAAAGGAUCUUGGUCUGAAAGAAGAAAUUCUAGCAUUGUUGGUAGGCGUUCUCUAGAAAGAACCACUAGUGGGGAUGAGGCCUGUAACCUGACUAAUUUUAGACCAGCUACUUUGACAGUGACAAACUUCUUUAAACAGGAAGGUGACCGGUUGAGUGAUGAAGAUUUAUACAAAUUCCUUGCGGAUAUGAAGAGGCCUUCUUCUGUUUUAAGACGCCUGAGACCAAUCACAGCUCAGUUGAAGAUUGAUAUUUCUCCAGCCCCAGAGAACCCACACUAUUGUCUAACUCCAGAGCUGUUGCAAGUAAAACUUUACCCAGAUAGUAGAGUUCGACCAACAAGAGAGAUCUUGGAAUUUCCUGCAAGAGAUGUUUAUAUUCCAAAUACAACUUAUAGAAAUCUUCUAUAUGUUUAUCCACAAAGCCUUAACUUUGCCAAUCGCCAAGGAUCUGCUCGGAAUAUUACUGUAAAAGUGCAGUUUAUGUUUGGAGAGGAUCCAAGCAAUGCAAUGCCGGUAAUCUUUGGAAAAUCUAGCUGUGCUGAAUUUUCAAAAGAAGCUUAUACAGCUGUUGUUUACCAUAACAGAUCUCCUGAUUUCCAUGAAGAAAUCAAAAUCAAGCUUCCUGCUACUCUAACGGACCACCAUCAUUUGCUUUUCACUUUUUACCAUGUCAGUUGCCAACAGAAACAAAACACCCCACUUGAGACUCCUGUUGGCUAUACGUGGAUACCGAUGCUACAAAAUGGACGAUUAAAAACAGGCCAGUUCUGCCUCCCCGUUUCUUUGGAGAAGCCACCACAAGCUUAUUCUGUACUCUCUCCAGAGGUGCCUUUGCCUGGAAUGAAGUGGGUCGACAACCAUAAAGGAGUUUUUAAUGUAGAAAUAAUUGCUGUGUCAACCAUUCAUACACAGGACCCUUAUCUUGACAAAUUCUUUGCCCUUGUUCAUGCUCUGGAUGAACAUAUGUUCCCUGUACGGAUAGGUGACAUGAGAAUUAUGGAGAACAACUUGGAAAACGAAUUAAAGAGCAGCAUUUUAGCUUUGAACUCAUCUCAGUUGGAGCCUGUGGUGCGGUUUCUCCAUCUUCUGCUUGACAAAUUAAUUCUUUUGGUUGUAAGACCACCUAUUAUUGCAGGCCAAAUAGUCAAUCUAGGUCAAGCAUCUUUUGAAGCCAUGGCCUCUAUUGUAAACAGACUUCACAAAAACCUUGAAGGAAACCAAGAUCAGCAUGGAAGAAAUAAUCUUCUUACUUCAUAUAUUUAUUAUGUUUUUCGUUUACCAAAUAUGUCUCCCAAUUCUCCAUGCCCAGCUCCCAGUGGUUUAGGAGGAUCAGUGCACUAUGCUACCAUGGCUCGUUCAGCUGUCAGACCUGCAAGCCUAAACUUGAAUCGUUCCAGGAGCCUUAGUAACAGCAACCCUGACAUAUCAGGGACUCCAACCUCACCCGAUGAUGAAGUACGAUCAAUCAUUGGAAGUAAGGGCUUAGAUCGCUCCAAUUCUUGGGUAAACACUGGUGCUGCAAAAGCUGCCCCAUGGGGAUCCAACCCCAGUCCGAAUGCAGAGACUUCACAGGCUGCAGAUCGAAGCUGUAAUCGUAUGUCUUCCCAUACGGAGACACCAAGUUUCUUACAAACAUUAACAGGGCGAUUGCCAACUAAAAAGCUUUUUCAUGAAGAACUGGCUUUACAGUGGGUUGUCUGCAGUGGAAGUGUCCGUGAAGCAGCUCUUCAGCAAGCAUGGUUCUUCUUUGAACUUAUGGUAAAAAGUAUUGUGCAUCAUUUGUAUUUUGCUGACAAACUCGACGCCUCGAGGAAGAAUCGUUUUCCAGAGCGCUUCAUGGAUGACAUAGGCGCGCUGGUCAGCACAAUCGCCAGUGAUAUAGUCUCCCGUUUUCAGAAGGAUACAGAAAUGAUUGAAAGACUCAACACUAGUUUAGCAUUUUUUCUCAAUGAUCUGUUAUCUGUCAUGGACAGAGGAUUUGUCUUUAGCCUUGUUAAGACAUACUACAAACAGCUGAGAGACAGGACCCCGGCCACGGAGGUACGACUGCUGCAGGACAUCUCUAAGGUGCUGGCAGCCACGCAGUUCUCAGCAGACGCCACAUUGGAUGCAGUUCAGUAUGCUUUCCGAGCCUUGUCAUCCUCUGUAGCGACCAGGCGCCUGCUGUGGUUGUGCCACUGGCAGGCAGAUUUGUUUGGAUUGCAUAAGAAAGUCAUCAACAUGGUACACAAUUUGCUAUCUAGCCAUGACUCCGACCCACGGUACUCUGACCCACAAGUAAAGGCCAGGGUGGCUACUCUAUACUUGCCUCUGAUUGGAGUGAUCAUGGAGAGUGUGCCCCAGCUGUAUGAUUUCACAGAAAGUCAUAACCAGCGUGGAAGACCAAGCUGUGUCGCAGUGGAGGAUUGUGAAAGUGAGGGUGGGAACAUGAUCAGUCAGACAGUUGCUAUGGCCAUUGCAGGAACCCCUGUCCCACAGCUCACGCGGCCUACCAGUUUUCUCCUCACAUCAACGGGCAGCAGGCAACAUUCAACAUUUUCAGCUGAUUCCAGUCGAAACCUUUUGAUCUGCCUCCUAUGGGUCCUGAAGAAUGCUGACGAAAGUGUUCUGCAGAAAUGGUUCACAGAUCUCUCUGUGUUGCAGCUCAAUCGCUUGUUGGAUUUGCUUUAUCUUUGCAUUUCCUGCUUUGAAUAUAAGGGAAAGAAAGUGUUUGAAAGAAUGAAUAGUCUGACUUUUAAGAAGUCAAAAGAUAUGCGGGCCAAACUUGAAGAAGCUAUACUUGGGAGCAUUGGGGCCAGGCAAGAAAUGGUACGAAGAAGCAGAGGACAAUUGGAAAGAAGUCCUUCUGGAAGUGCUUUUGGAAGUCAAGAGAACCUGAGGUGGCGAAAGGACAUGACACAUUGGAGGCAGAACACUGAAAAACUGGACAAGUCCCGGGCAGAGAUUGAACAUGAAGCACUUAUUGAUGGUAACUUGGCAACAGAAGCCAAUCUCAUCAUAUUGGAUACUUUAGAGAUAAUUGUGCAGACUGUUUCGGUGACUGAAUCCAAGGAAAGUAUUCUUGGUGGGGUACUGAAGGCUCUUCUACAUAGCAUGGCCUGCAAUCAAAGUGCUCUUUAUCUCCAGCAUUGCUUUGCUACUCAAAGAGCUUUAGUCUCAAAGUUCCCAGAACUGCUGUUUGAAGAAGAGACUGAGCAAUGUGCCGAUCUAUGCCUUCGACUCCUGCGCCACUGCAGCAGUAGCAUUAGCACGAUUCGGUCCCACGCCAGUGCCUCUCUUUAUCUCCUCAUGAGGCAAAACUUUGAGAUUGGGAAUAACUUUGCUAGAGUGAAAAUGCAGGUAACUAUGUCACUCUCAUCUCUGGUGGGAACAUCUCAAAAUUUUAAUGAAGAAUUUCUGAGACGUUCUCUGAAGACCAUUUUGACUUAUGCUGAAGAGGAUCUGGAAUUGAAGGAGACAACCUUCCCUGAUCAGGUGCAAGAUCUUGUGUUCAAUCUCCAUAUGAUCCUCUCGGAUACAGUUAAAAUGAAGGAACACCAGGAAGAUCCAGAAAUGCUAAUUGACUUGAUGUACAGAAUUGCAAAAGGAUAUCAGAAUUCCCCAGAUCUACGACUGACCUGGCUGCAGAACAUGGCUGGAAAACACUCCGCCAGAAAUAACCACGCCGAAUCAGCACAGUGUUUGGUUCACUCUGCAGCUCUGGUGGCUGAAUAUCUAAGCAUGCUGGAGGAUCGGAAAUAUCUCCCUGUGGGAUGUGUUACAUUUCAGAAUGUUUCUUCAAAUGUUCUAGAAGAAUCUGCAGUUUCUGAUGAUGUGGUAUCUCCAGAUGAAGAAGGGAUAUGUUCUGGAAAGUAUUUUACAGAAGCAGGUCUGGUUGGACUACUGGAGCAAGCUGCAGCCUGUUUUUCCAUGGCUGGUAUGUACGAAGCGGUCAACGAGGUUUACAAAAUCCUUAUUCCAAUUCAUGAAGCUAACAGAGACGCCAACAAACUGGCCACAAUUCAUGGUAAACUCCAGGAUGCAUUCAGCAAGAUAGUUCAUCAGAGUACUGGCUGGGAGGUAGGUAAUGUUUUAGCUAGUAAAAAAGACUAAUAGAUUGGUUUGAUGCCUCUUGCCAAUGCUUUGCCCGCAUAUGCUAGUUGUGGGUAUCUGUUGCUGUCUGCUAUUGAUUGAUCUGAAUUAAUUAACCAAAAAGUAUUAGUAAAACUGUUGUGGUCAUUUUAGACAAUUUAGGUAGUGCAUGGAUUAUGACACUAAUGAGGUCCUUUGGGGAAUGAACCAUUUUUACCAUUGUCAGUUUGUUAUUUGUGUUAAUUUUAUUUCUCAUCUAUAUUGACUUAGAAUAUCAUUUCUUCCUACCAUGUUCUUACCCCCAACACAGGGGUCGAUUUAAGUUACAAUGUUUAAGAAUGCAAAAAUGCAUAAGUUUACUCAUAUCAUAACACAUAACAAGUAUUUAUUUAUGAAUUGUAUAUACUUGUCUCUUGUACAAAACUGAAACAAAAACCAAAUGAAUUCAGAUUAACACUUAGUUCCCAAAUGCCCAGUAAGAGCACGGGUUUCAAGUACCCCAUUGAGUAAAUGUAUUUGCUUUGAUUAUGUGAUGCAUAAUUUCAAUGUCUCUAUUACUUUUCAAAUUACAUUAUGAUCCAAUACAAAAAUUGGUAACUUGUAAAAAGUAGCUGUGACUUCAGCAACCACAAAUCUAAAUAUAAUCUACCAACUUUAUCUCAUUCGUGUAACAUUAUUCAGUCUUAUAAGAUAUAUGUUUAAUAAAUUAAUACAGUCAUUCACUUAGGUCAAAACUGGGAAGUUAUGGUUAAUAGUUUCAAACCAAUCAGCUUACACAAAGGGCAAGCAAAAUAACAGUUAGCAACACACUUUUGAAUUUUGUAAUUUGAGCUCUUGAUCUGGUAUAAGCUUUCUUAGUUUUAGGUAGAAGUGUGAUUUAAUGGUAGAAAUGAAAAAUUAAAUAAUUUUAAAUACCCCAAAUCAAUAGAUGUCACGUCAGUUUUAUUUCUCUUUUUUAUCAUCAAUGGUCUUUUUUUUUGUUGAAGCCCAAAACUAUUCCUGAUAUUGCCUUAAAUUUAAAUCAAAUCUGUGUUAAUAGAAUAAAACAAGCUUCUUUGGCCUUUUGCCUCCCUGAGUUUUCUAUUGAUCAUUAUUUGGAAUUCUGAAUGCUGAAGUCUGGUGUAUCUAAUAGAUAACUGUGGGGUGUGGCUAGUUUAAAAGAACAACCAAGAUUGUCACAUUCAUUUCUACAACAGAUUUUUUGUACACGUAGUCCUCGACUUACAAUAGU